CGCCCCUUCACAAUAAACGCCUCGUCCCGUCUCUCCUGAUGAGUGUCGGGAUGGUCCCGGUCCCGGUCCAGCUCCCGGUGCUGGAGGACGAGUCUGCCUGUUCUUCUGACUCGGUCUAACGGAGCUUCACGGCUGAAGCGGCGGGUUUUACCGGCGCUGUGAGGACCAGACUCCUGUGACGGUACCGACGCUCGCUGUUUCCCUCCCGGUUCUCCGGUACUGAGCUAACGUUAGUAGCCGGAGAGCUAACCGGUGAGCUAACCGGAGAGCUAACGUUAGCGGCUAACGAUCAACGGCCGCAGCGUGACGUCACACAAACAACAACCGACCCGGCUCCGAAGACCCAGUCCGUGGUUCCGGUUCAACCUCCGAGGAUCAUCCCGUGAAAUCUCCUGGACAGAGAGACCCGGGUUUUCAGAUUUACCUCAGAGUCCCAGGAGUAAAGUCCCGGUUCUGGAUCAUGUCUGGGGACCGUGGGAGCUGAGGUCCGGACCGGAAGUGUCUGCAGCAUCUGAAUGAGUCAAGUCUUAGAUCAGGUGCUUAGCCUCAGUGGUUCAACCUCAGGGGACAUGAUGGGGACUCAGGGUCCCGGCAGGAAGAGGAUCCCGAACAGGGACAAGAUGACGGCUGAGGAUGACGCGCUGAACCAGAUCGCACGAGAGGCGGAGGCGCGGCUGGCGGCGAAGCGAGCGGCGAGAGCUGAGGCCCGAGAGAUCAGGAUGAAGGAGCUGGAGCGACAACAGAAGGAGCUCUUCCACACUCAUAAGAAGUAUUAUGGUCUGGAUAAUAAGUGGGGUCACAUUGAACAGUGGAUGGAGGACAGUGAACGUUACUCUCGUCUCUCUCGGAGAAACACUUCGGUGUCGGACGAUGAGGAGAAAAUGUCCGUCUGCAGCCGAGGAAGUUGCAGGCCAUCGGAGCACAGCAUGUUUCUUGGCUCCGCCUCUCGAGCCUCAUCCAGGACGAGUUCAGCUCGGGCGAGUCCAGUGGUGGAGGAGAAACCGGACAGAGACUUCCUGGACAAAGGUUCCAGGACGGCUUUGACUCUGUCGGCUUCCACGCUCGCGUCUCUGGGCGGAGCUUCAUCUCGAAGAGGAAGCUGUGACACAUCGUUCUCUGUGGAGACGGAAGCGUCCAUCAGAGAAAUCAAGGACUCUCUGGCGGAGGCCGAGGAGCGUUACCGCAGAGCGAUGGUUUCUAACGCGCAGCUUCACAACGAGAAGUCGUCUCUGAUGUAUCAGGUGGAGACUCUGAGGGAGGAGCUCAGCGACAUGGAGGAGCAGCUGUGGGAGGCUCGACGACACUGUGGCGACACCAAAAAGGAGUUGGAACGUGAGCAUCAGUCUCACAGUUUCCUUCAGUUCCAGUUUAAAGAGAUGAAAGAAACUUUGAGACAAACUGAAGAAAUGUUGACGGAAGUGUCGGCGCUGCGUUUGCAGAGCAACAGUUACUGUCAGGAAGUUUCUGACCUGCAGGAAGUUCUGCAGUGGAAACAGAAGAAGAUCGCGGCGUUAGAGCGAGAGAGAGAAAUCUCCGACAUCGUUCGAAUUGAACGAGAUCGACUCAGAGACGAAGCGACGCAGCUGCGAGAUUUACUAAAGAAACACGGUGUUGUGGUCUCGUCUGAAAUCUCCACCAAUGGGGAGACGGGCCAGACUGAGGCUGAUGUCACCACUGACUCUGGCUUCCUAUUGGCUCAGGACUGGUGUCAUGGCAGCAGAGAGAGCAUGCUGGGGAACAGUGGAGCGCGGUGCCCAGCAGAGGGCAGCAAAUUCCAGCAGGACGACAUGAAAAAGAGCUGGAAGAUUUUGAAACGAUCGCAGUCGCUGGACUUUCUGAGCGAUGAACAAACUGAACGUCACACUUCACACGAGGGAGUGAAAAAACAAGUAGACGAAAAGAAAGAAGGAACCAAACAAAUGAAAACAGGAUCUUCAGUUGCUCAUUUGAACAAUCACGACAUUAAACCGGAGUUUCCCUCCUCACCUCAGGGUGUCCUCGUGACAGAAAACAAACGCUCCUUCAAACACAGAGGGACAGAUCAUAGAGGAACUCGAUCAUUAGCGUCUCAGCCGGAACGUAACAAAAAACGUGACGAGCUGGUUUCACUUGUUCGCAGAACUUCAACCAAACAAGUCGUUGAGGCAAGACUCGUUUCACGUCGAGCUGCAAACAAGAGGUCGAAUCUGACGAGGAAACAAACGCAUGCGAUUCAACACAAACAAAAACACGUCAAAGGAAAGGUAAUGUCUGAUUUUACACAAACGUGCUUGUCUGCUGUCGAGAGCCGAGACAAAGAUGUCAAAACAAAGAGUGAAGAACAAAGUUCAGGAGAAGAUAAGAGAAAGAACAUGAUCAGGAGAGAAAACAUAUUCAUCAACACGUCAUCUGAGAUCCAUGAAGUUGAUUUGUCUGAAAAUGAAAUGAUUGAAGCAACAGAUAAAGUUUGUCGUCUGUCGAAGAACUCAGGAGGAACCAAAAGAGGAGAGAACGUCUGUGAGAAGGAGUUCAGUUGUUCUGGAACUGACGUGAAAUCGUGUGAAACAACAGAAGAAGAAACAAGUGGAGAACGACAGAAUUCACAGGAGAAACCAGAAAAGAAGAUUCACGAAGAAGAAGAAGAAGAAGAGAGAGACGUUUCCUCUGAACAUCACAAACAUCAGCAAACAGAAACGUUGUCGACGGAUCUGAUAUGUUUAGAACAAACUCUUCAUCGUCUGAUCAGAGAGUUCAUUCAGAAUCACAGUUUCCUGUCUGAGAUCUCAGGAUCUUUACAAAAUUCAACACAGGAAGAAGAAGAAGUUCAACCUUCAUCAGCAUUAAAACUCCCUUCAGUCUCAGCAGCGACGCACAAACUAACUCACCACGAAUCGUUUAACGUUUCACAUCAGAGCAGAUCAGAGGUCACAUGGACGUCGUCUCCGGAGGAAACGUGUGACGAUCAACGUGACGGCGACGCACAGAUGGCGAGCUGCUGCUUUGAGUUUGUUUUUGUCGAGUCUCACUUUGCUGAACCUGAGGAGACCAGAUCUGCUGAGUCACCUCAGAGAUCAGAAGUCACGACUGAAACUGACGGACAGACGGAGGUCGUCUCUAAACGUCACAGCUGCUGCAUUAAGGACGUAAAACUGAGAAGAACGUUAUCGUCAAACUGUCACGUGGAUCAAAGCUCAAAGAUCAGACGCAUCAUCGAGACGACAGCGGAUCAAAUCAAGACCAUCCUGGUCACAGAGUUCACGACGACCAGUUUCCGAGAAGGAAGAAUCGAUGAGGAUCAACAGGUCGAAGCGUCGCCACAGUCAAGCCCCGACCACUUGGACGAGACAAUGGAAGGCGGGGAGACGUUGGCGGAUGGCGUGGAAAGCUGCGAGGAGGCAGAUGAGGAGUCAGUGACACAACAACAUGGACCAAUGACGGAGGUCGUUAUUGAGAAUGUGGAAGUCGUUGUUGUGGCGAGCGGCGUGAAAAACAAAAAACAGGAAACUGACUGUACGAUUUCAUAGAUUCGCCAAAAUAAAACCUGUUGUUUUGUGUAAAGUUAUUUAAAACAUUUAAACAUCAGUAAAACUUUCAGAAAUAAUAAAAAGUUUAAUCUUCAUCUGAAUUUAUUUAUUGUUUGUGAUUUAAUGAAUCAUUUUAAUUUCUGUUUAUGUAUCUCAACGUUAUUUUAUUAAUAAGAAUUUGAAUUGCAUAUAAAAUUAUUUCAUGAAAUACUUUAAUCAAGUGAUUUAGAUGAAGACAGAAAAUAUUUGUGUCUUGUCCAGUAAAAAUAUUUAAAGAUCAAAAGGAACAAAGUUUAAAAAUCCAUUAAAGUUUUAUAUAAAUCAGGAAGUGAUGACAUCACAGUUUCCUGCAGCAGCGAAGAAAAUGAGCAGGAAGAUGAUGAUGAUGAAAAUAAUGAUGAAGAUCAUGAUGAAGAGAAGCUUUCACCUCAUUAAACUGGUUUAAAAAGACCUGGAGUCAAACUGUUACAUUUAGAGUUUUCUUCACUUUGACUUCGUGCGACAUUAAAUUUGUUCAGAUCUUCACAUUCUCAUUUAAUUUAGUUUUUUUAAUUUAAAUAUAGAAUCUAAAAUUACUUUUUAAAGUUUUAAUCUGCUCGUCACAAUAACGCUCAUG